CGGCCCUGACGGUGAAAGCCUACCUGCUGGGCAAGGAGGGGGCGGCCCGAGAGAUCCGCCGCUUCUCCCUGCCAACGCCCGCCCGCUACCAGGCCAUCUACGACCGCGUCGCCGAGCUCUUCCAGGGGCUGCUGCGGGCCGGGCCGCCGCCCGCCUGCCGCAUGCACUACAAGGAUGAAGACGGCGACCUGAUCGCUUUUUCCAGCGACGAGGAGCUGGAGAUGGCGAUGCCUUACGUGCAGAACGGCGUCUUCCGUGUUUACAUCAAAGAGAAAAAGGAGUGCAAGCGGGAACAUCGCGGGCAGUGCAACCAGGAGCCUCCUCGCGACAUGGUGCACCCCAAUGUGAUCUGUGAUGGCUGCGAAGGACCGGUGGUGGGUGCCAGGUUCAAGUGCACGGUCUGUCCAGACUAUGACCUGUGCAGCACCUGCGAGGGUAAAGGCAUCCACAAGGAGCACAACAUGGUGAUGUUUCAAAGUCCACUGCUAAACCCAUUUGAGUGGCUUCCCCGAGGACGCUGGCUCCGGAAGAUGCGGCAUGGUGUGCCACCCUUCCCAUGGAUGCACUGCUGGGGAUAUCCCGGCCCUGCAGCUCCGUGCCAAAACGCCGAACAAGCCCAGGCCAGUGCUGCACCCUCCAGUCCACCCACUGCGGAAGAAGCUUCUACUAACAGCCCACCUCAGGACCCCAACGUCGCCUUCUUAAAGAAUGUUGGGGAGAGUGUUGCAGCUUUUCUGAGCCCCCUGGGUAUUGAAGUUGACAUUGAUGUGGAACAUGGAGGACAGAGAAGCAAAGUGACUCCUGCUUCUUCCAGUCAAGAGAACAGUGCUGAGUCAAACAGCAGUACUCUUAACCAGAAUGUUCAGACCAAACCAGACUGGAGUAACACAGAUUCUGCUACAGAAGUAAAUGCUGUUGCAGAGCAGAUACAAGAGAUGGUGAUAGAUCCUGUGCCUACACAAAUGGAAGAUGGCAGCCUCCAGUCCCAGGAACCGAGUGAGUCCAGCAGUUCAUCAGGGGGUGAGGAGGACUGGACCCACCUAUCUUCCAAAGAAGUGGAUCCUUCCACAGGUGAACUGCAGUCUCUGCAGAUGCCAGAGGGUCCCAGCUCCCUGGAUGUAUCUCAGGAUCCUCCCCAACCAGGACCUACAGGACUGAGAGAAGCUGCACUCUACCCACAUCUCCCACCAGAAGCAGACCCUCGCCUCAUUGAAUCUCUGUCCCAGAUGCUCUCUAUGGGCUUCUCUGAUGAGGGUGGAUGGCUCACUCGACUCCUGCAGACAAAGAACUGCGACAUUGGGGCAGCACUAGAUGCCAUCCAAUAUUCCAAACAGCCACCUCACUUGUAGUCUGUGUAACAAAAAGCACUUUCCUUCUAACCGAAAGCAGACCAUGCAGUACAACUCACUCAGCGGUUCACCUUUCUUCCUGCUAAGGGUUUCUGUCUCAUGUUCCUAAGUGCUUGUAGAAUGGAGGACAAAUAAAGAACACUUUCUGUGA